AACCCGUGGUUGAAACUUACCAAAAAUUUUAUCGGCAAACUCCUGUCAAUUGUCAGUCCAGUGUCCACAGUUUGACAGCAUAUUAGACAAGAUCAAACGCUGAAGAGCCAUGGCGACGAAUUUUGUAAAAUAUUCGCAAAUUAUAAAUAACACAACUAAAUACGCACAACGGAUGAAAAGGUUAUCAAACAGGAUAUUCGGCGAAGUCGCGAUCCCUACAAACCCCAAGUCGAUGAAAGUGGUUAAAAUAUUCGAGGCGCGUCCCCUACACACUAAUGAGGAGAUCAUUCACUACUACCCCCGACACGUGGAGACACACGCUUUGAUGCUCAAGCUACGCGAGUACGGUUUGUUCCGUGAUGAACAUCAGGACUUCAAGGAAGAAAUGAAAAGGCUGAGGGAACUCCGCGGAAAAGUUAAAGUAUGGAAGCGAAAACUUAAUCAGGAGCAAAAAGAAUCGUAGUUUUUUUUAAUUGUUAAUUUAUUUGUUAUAUAAGUAAGUUUCUGUUAGACAUAACUUAUUACAUAUUGAAAACUGAAUAAGUUUGAUUCAAAUAGUUAUCCAUGUAAGAUGUAGAGCAUGUAAAUAAAAUUAUUACAUUAUGAAUAACAUUUAAUAGAAUAAACUAAACGGAUUAGUUAAUUAAA